GUUGUCUACCGCGCGUAAGGAAACUCAUGCAAAAGGCAGUUUACCCCGUAUUUAAGUUCAAUACAUUGUUAAAACAUUAUAAAAGAACCGGGAAGUGUUUAAAAUGUGGUGUUAAUCGCUCCGUUUCUAUAAUAUUGAACAUUUGUGUUAUCUCUAUGUUCAAAAGGUUGUGUUUGUAGUUAGUGCUGUAAACUACCGGUGAGCUCAAGCUCUCAAUCUCACUUGAGUCGCUGCAGAUGGAGAACUUUAUUUUGUAUGAAGAGAUCGGGAGAGGUAGCAGAUCGGUGGUUUAUAAGGGCAGAAGGAAAGGCAGCAUACAUUUCGUGGCCAUCAUCUGCAGUGACAAAUCCAAGAGACCCGAACUAACAAACCAUGUGAGACUUGCUCAUGACAUUAAGCACGACAAUGUAGUGUCUUUUUAUGAAUGGUAUGAGACUAGCAACCAUCUGUGGCUGGUGGUGGAGAUGUGCACAGGUGGAUCCCUGGCAGCACUGAUUGCUCAAGAUGAGUAUCUGUCUGAGGAAGUAGUACGAGAGUUUUCCAUUGACCUCAUGAGAGGUCUUAAAUACAUCCACGACUCUGGCAUUGUUGUCUCGGAUCUCACACCUGCCAAGAUUUUGUUGGAUGGACCGGGAACUCUGAAGUACUCCAAUUUCUGCCUGGCCAAAGCUCAUGGAGAAAGUCUGGAGGAGUUCUUCUCUCUUGUGAUGGCAGAGGAGACAGGAGCAGGAGACAGCAAAGAGAACAUUAUCUCUCCACGAAACAUAAAGAACAGAAUUAAAGGUUCUCCUGUGUAUUGUGCUCCUGAGGUGUUGAGAGGAGCAGACACCAGUGUCUCCAGUGACCUGUGGGCAUUAGGCUGCAUCCUGUAUGAGAUGUUCACAGGAAAACCACCUUUUGUGUCUGAGAGUGUGACUGGUCUAGUUGAUCUCAUUUUAAAUGAAAAUCCUCCACCCCUAAGACAAAAAGAACCUGCCUUCCCACAGCCCAGUCCAGAGUUUGAGAGCCUAGUAAUGGGUUUACUUCAGAAAGACCCUGUGAAAAGGUUAAGCUGGGAGACUUUAUUAUCUCACCUGUUCUGGAGGGAAGCAUUUUCCGAGACAUACAUCUCCAUGGGAAAAGAGCAGGAUGGUGUCUCACUGAUAUCCAGCCUGCAUUUGGCUCCUGAGUCUUCUCAGACAGCUGAGGAAGCACAGAUAGCACCUGUUGCCCCAGCCAGCCCAAACCACAGCAAGUCCUUCACAUUAGAUAACGUGAUAGAGUUCAGACCAAAGUCUGCGCUGGACAUUGAUGCCAGAGAGGCGAUUUUCCUUCUCAGCUCCAGACCAACUCCCAGGACAAUCAAUACGGCUCGAGAGACGGAAGACAAAUGCUCUGAAACUCAAGAAUCCAGUGUUAUGGUGGAGGAGCAGUGUGACAUGAACGCCUGCAUUAAAUCCCUGUUAUACACAGACAGUGACCUUACAGUGACUCCAAUCAUGGAUAACCCAAAGAUUUUAAAGACUUCUCCAGUUCGUUUUGACCCCAAAACACUUUGUGUACCAGCGCACUCAGCUGAACGGUUGUCAUGUCUGAACUCAGAGGACUGGUCUCAGUUCCUGCAACAGGUGUGUGCUGUUUUGGAGUCAGCAGACAGGGCCGGAUCAGCCAAUGCCACGGCACCACGCACUAAACUCAACCUGCUCUGUUACCUGUGUACUGUCUGUAACCACAGAGAGACGGGCACACGCCUCAUACACUCCCAACUGUUCCCUGUGCUGGUUCAACAGAUGCGACAUGCUCCAAACUGGGAUAUAAGGAGCAAAGUGAUGAGAGUGAUUGGACUAAUGGCCUCCCACUGCACAGAGCUUAGAGAUGAUGUUCCUGUCACAGAGGCAGUGGCCAUGUUCACAGAACUCAUCCGAGAGAACUUCAGGAGCAGCAAAUUGAAGCAAUGCUUGAUUCCACCCCUGGGGGAGCUGCUCUACCUCAUUGCUACACAGGAAGAGAAGAAAGAGCGCCCAGGAGGAUUGUGGGUCGUUCCUGCUGCCGCCUACACCGUGUUAAUGAGGUGCCUUCGGGAAGGGGAGGAGUUAGUGGUGAACCACAUGGCCGCCAAAACCAUAGAGAACGUGUGCAGCCGUGAGUCUCAAUACGCCCAGGGAUUCAUCACUGCAGAGGUGGGACCUGCGCUCUGGUAUCUGUUCACACACUCCACAGUGGAUGCACUCAGGGUCAGCGCUAUAUCUGCUCUGUGUAAAAUAACACGCCAAUCUGCGGGGGCCUUCCAGAGUGUGAUUGACAAGGUGGGAUUACCCAGCAUCCUCAGUUGUCUGGUGUCAGGAAUCAGCCGUGUCCAGCAACACAUGCUCACUAUGUUCGCUGCCAUGUUGGCAUCAGGAGCACAUUCCCACAGACUGGUACAGGACCGGGACUUUGUUAUGAAGAUAAUCCGCUCUCUGGAGAGUCCGUCUUCAGUCAUCCGUGCCAAGGCCUUCCUCGUGCUUCUGCAGGUCCUUAUGAACAACAGAGAGAUGCUUCUGCUCUGCUGUAACUCCAGGCUGGUGAUGUACAUUGAAAGAGACGUCCGAAAGGCCACGCCAGGAAAGGAGCAACAAAGCGGCAAUGAAUACCUGUCAAAAUGCCUGACCCUCUUCAUCCGUCACACCGUGCACGAACUGCCAGCCAUCCUGGAUGACAUCCUGUCCGUGUUAGGCAGCAUUGUGGGAAGGAAGCACCCCUCUCCUACGCAGUCCCGUCAGCUGAAGCAGAGCCUCCCCAUGAUGGCUGUGGUGCUGCAUCUGCUCACCUCACAGAUCUUCCGACCGCAGGUGGUGACUGAGGCCUUUCUCGUCAAAUUUGGAAAGCUGCUGAAUCAUAUAACCUCCAUUGACUCUAAUGAGACAAGUUUGGGAAACGCUAUAGGUCAGGCAGCAUCUGAGGAGCUGAUCAGAAACACACUAUCUGCAGUGGAGGCCAUUUCCCAACAUCCCGCUCUUCUCAGCCUCUAUCACUGCACUGUUGUGGAUUUGAUUGUACCACCGCUGGCGUCUCUGGCCUUCAGUAAGAACGUGGAAUGGCGUAUUGUGAGUUUGCGUGUGCUGUCAGAGAUCACGCUGCUGCUGCUGAGCCAAGACGAGGUGGAGGAGAGAGAGAGAGAUGGAGGGAGAGAACGAGAGGGAGAGUGGGAAGGUGAAGGCAUCUCCUCCAACACUCGCUUGCUGACGCUCAUCUCUGAGGCCCUGCUGCCACAGUAUCAGACUCUGCUCCUGGAACCAGAUCCUGUACCUGUGUAUGCGCUCAAACUGCUGGUUUCCCUCACGGAGCACAGCUCGCCCAUCAGCAGGCUUGUUAGAGAGAGCCGUCUCCUGCCUGCUGUCUUUCAAGUCAUAGAGGAGCACCAGAAUAACACCGUCGGCAGCACGAUGCAGAACGCCAUGGCUCUCCUCUGCAAUCUGAUUGGACAGAAGGGCACAGACCUCCGACCGUUCUACCAGCAAGGUGUAAUUGAGGUGGUGUGUAAUAUCUUUGUGGAAGUCUCUGGUGUAUAUCUGGAAAGAGAAAUGCACUCAGGGCUAAAGAGCUGCUCUUCUCUGCUCCUGUGUCUGCUGGACAUCAUCCACUGCCUGCUCAAAAACCUUUCGUCUGUAGUCCGACUGGCCCUGCAGAGAUCAGACAGUAAUGAAGACACUGAGGCUGCAGAGGAACUACUGCUCAUCAACAAGCCGCUGACAGACCUAAACAACCUCCUUAUUCAGCUGCUGGCGUGUAAUGACAGUGAGGUGUAUGAGGAGGCCAGUCACUGUGUGUCUCUGCUGGCUCAGCUAUAUGGAGGAGAGGGUGCGGACCGCCUGCAGCCGGAGGAGCUGCUCAGCCUGGCACACGCACUGCAGACGCACACCGAGCCCAGACAGCAGAAACUGCUGCUCCGCGUACUGAAACGCUUGAUGAGUGCAGUUGGCAGCUCCUGUUGGGGUUCUUCGGAAGGGCAGAUCCUGGUUCAUGUGCUGCAGAAACUGACGCUGCCUACUAGGUCCCAGUCAGACAUGGCAGUGGAAUCACUAGCUGCAGAGAUUCUGAAAGGCAUUGGGUCCCAAGCACAACUAAGUUUUACACCUGGUAUUUAAUAUGUGUGUAAUUUUUGUACAUUAUAAAAGGCAUUUCACAAGAAACUGUUGCACUCUUGUGAUAGUGGUUGUAAAAUGUCCUCUGUAGUUCUAAAAUGAUUGCAGCAUUUUGUUCACAUUUAGUGUAUUCUAAAAAUAAAAAUGUCCACAAUUAGAUAAAUUUAAAGUCCAUUUUAUUGUUUAGCCAGGUCAUUACCAAGUCUCCAACCAACAAUCGCAGGCUACAAUAAUUAGGGGUUCUUUUCGAAACCUUUCUAAAGCUACCAUCAAAAAAAUAGAUCAAGACAGGAGGAAAAAAAUAAAAAUAAAAAUAAAAAUAAAAAAAAAAAAAAAAAA